UCGUGGACCGCGUGGAGGCGAUGAAGCACCGAGCCCAAGGAAAUGGCGCCAACAACUGUAUUUUGUGUGGCGAGGGGCUGCCCUUGCUCAGAACGGCCUCAACGCUCUGUACCGACUGUCGGAAGCGAGUGUGCAGCAAGUGCGGCGUGGAGAGCCCGUCACUCACCGGGGAGAAAGUGUGGCUGUGCAAGAUCUGCGCCGAAACGAGGGAGAUGUGGAAGCGGUCCGGAGCCUGGUUCUUCAGGGGAAUCCCCAAGCAUAUACUCCCGCCGACCACCAACACUUUGGCAGGAGGAGGGAGAAGGAGUAGGGCGCCGCCUCGCAGAGCUAAUACUAUUGGGGUUAAAGGUGGAUCGGAGGCGGAGACGGACACGAGCUCGGAGGAGGAGACCCAGCGUCGCCAGCGCCUUCAGAAAGCCUCCAGCGAGUGUGCGCCUCACGACAUGGACGGCUUCCCUCCGCCCCUGAGUCCGAACCCGAGGUCCGCAGCGUCUCGCCCUCGCCCUUCCCUUCGACUCGACCGAUUCUGGAGGAGGAGGUGGAGGAGGAGGUCUCACGGGGAGAGCUCCGACGAGCGAGGAUCCGAUAAGUCUCCGAUGUCGCCAGAUAAAAUGUCCAUCGCUGACAAAAGAAAGGGGAGGAUCUUCUUCGAGGGAAACAAGCACAUUCCGCUCGCCCGGCGCUAGAAGAGGAGCGCUCGAUUCUAGCGACUUCCGCUGGAUAGCUCUGAUUCAUCUGUGUCGCUUUUAUUAUACACAUGACAAAAUGCACAUAGCUUGAAGAACAAGAAUAA